AUGUGCUCUCCGCCGGUUUGUUCCACAAUGGAACAAGGUGUACCAAAGUACAUGGAAUUGGGAGAGAGAAUGGAAAAUAGAUGCCCAAGUGGAUCAAUUCAUCUGGAUGGAACCGAUCUGAAGUAUCUGUUUUGCCUCUGGGAUGGGGGAAAGGCCAAACUCGACUAUUUGGAGGUUGAUAAAGAUAACCGUUGUGUUCCAGGCUGCCUCACAGACGAAAAUUGUGGGCCCAAUAAAUCAUGCCAAUCUGGAAUGUGUUCCCUCAUUUCCUGCCGAUCGAAUCUGAUUGGAAAUGGUGGAAUAAUCAUCCCCCACAACGGAACUCUAUUAGGAUCCAAUGGGAUCUUGGCUUGCGGGCGAGGAUAUCUGGUUGAGGGUCAAAAAACGGCACCCGUAACUUGCAAUCCAGAGGGACAAUGGAUGAUUCCAGGAUCAAAAUCCCCACCCAAAUGUGAUCCAGGCUGUGUAAAUGAUCGAGACUGUUCGCUGAUGGAACACUGUGCCCAAAAACGUUGCAUUGCCAAGUCUUGCCCUGAAGAUUUGACAAGUGGUUUGAAUGCAGAACGUGUUUCUUCCUCCGGGUAUUUGUCCAGAAAUAAAAUGAUUUGUAAAAAAGGAUUCCAGAUUCCUGGAUCCAAUCAGACCAUGGUCGAGAUUCAAUGCGAAGCCGACGAGAUUAGCCCCAUAUGGAGGACUCUAGAUGGAUCCUCAUUAACCCCUUGUCUCCAACCUUGUUCCAAAGGCCAGUGUAUGGAACAUGAACGAUGUGAUCCACUCCUAGGAUAUUGCUUACCACUCCAGUGUGACAACAAGACUGAGAGGAAUUAUGGGACACUCAUCAGGGUUGGAGAGGAUUUCAAAGAAGGAUCGUUCCAUUUAUUCCAGUGUGAUCCCGGGUUUAGACUCAAUCCAACACGAGUCAAUGGAGAGCAUAUGGAAAAUGUCACGGUUCUGUGCCACAAAAAUGUGAUCCUCAACACUUUAGAUUGGACUCUGCCAGACGGGAGACGCGUUCCAGAGUGUAUUCCAGGUUGCCAAUCCAACGAGGACUGUGAUAUUGCCGAGUUUUGCGACCAUCAUGAUUGCAUUCCAAGCCAUUGUUCCACUCCAAAGAUAUUUUUUGGUCAUGUUAUAUUGGACAACUCUGUAGACUUGAUAGGGUCGUCUUCAUCGUUAUCAUCAUCAUUUGUUCCCAUUGGAACUAGAGGACUCGUCAAAUGCGAUCUUGGGUAUUAUCCCCACGAGGAUAUAUAUCCAAACAGUGUGGACGUGUAUUGCCAAAAAGGAACUAGUGAAGAGGUGGGAACGUUCCAAGAUCAAUUUGGCAAGCCCUUGCAAUCGUGCCAUCUGGGCUGCAAGCGAGAUGGAAAUUGUCCCAUGGAACGACGCAAAUGCAAUUUGAAGGAAUCCAAAUGCGUUGAAUGCCUUGUAAGCGAAGAUUGCUCGAAAUCAGGAGAUAUAUGUUCCGACCAUGGAACAUGCUUCAAAUGUGAACGCACUAAUGUGUGCUCUUCAGAUCGUGAUUGCCAAAACGCAACGAAGAGGACUUGUGACCGUUCGAGAUCCAUUUGCGUGGGAUGCAAAGAAGAUCGCGAUUGCUUGGCACAAAAUGAAAUUUGUGCUCGAAAUGGCACUUGUCAACCCCCUUGCUUCUUUGAUAAAGAGUGCCCAUUUCAAGAGGUCUGUUCCAAAGGGAAAUGUUUAGCCAAGGGUGGACAAUGCUUCGUCGACCAAGACUGCUCCCCAUUCCGGCCAAUAUGCUCCCCUUGGAGCAAGGAGUGCGUGGAGUGUACUUCAAACGAAAUGUGUCAGAGUGGUCAAUGUCAAAAUGAAACUUGCCUAAAUGUGCCGCAGAUAAUCCUUCCCAUGUGCAAGACUGAUUCAGAUUGCACGGGAGUGGAAUCAAUUUGUGACAAAGCACAUGGAAUUUGCGUCGUCUGUCUGGAGAACACACAUUGUUCCCAUUCUGGUAAAUCUGUAUGCAUUAAGUCCAAGCACGUCUGCACUCAAUGCUCGAAUUCUAGUCAUUGCCAUGCUUCGCAACGUUGCAUUACAAGCGAUGGCAUCUGCCGAAGAGUGUGUUCCAAAGAUCUUCAGUGUUCCAGAAAUGAGAAGUGUGCCUUCCUUGGGCAUUGCUCUUUGGUAUGCCACCAAGAUCGCGAUUGUCAAAGUGGUCUUGUGUGUCAUCCUCAAGAGAAGACGUGUGUUUUAUGCAUUAAAUCAGAAGAUUGUCCCAUGGAACGACCCGUCUGCUUUCAAGGAGACUGCUACGAAACCUGCUCAGAGAUGAAGAAAUGUGCGAUCGGUUUUUGUGAUCCAAUAAUGGACGUGUGCCGAGCUGAAUGCCUAAAUGACGACCAGUGUGUUGGGUUAAGUGCUCGGAAGAAAUGUCAGCCAAAGUCACAGCUUUGCUUCGAAUGCUUGAGCACGAAAGAUUGCGACGUCAACCAGAUUUGUCUCCAUGGUUCGUGCGAAGAAGGCUGCUUGGAACACUCUGAUUGUCGUGAUCCCAAACCGAUCUGUGACAAAGAUUCAAAUAAGUGUGUCGAAUGUCUCUUCCCCUUAGAUUGUAAUCCCAAUGCUCCAUUUUGCAACGAACACAAGUGUCAAGCAAACGAGUGUUCAAUCGACAAGGAUUGUUCCAAGCGUCAUAAAUGCUUGGGUGGAACAUGUCGAAGUGGUUGUCGGGAAAAUCAUGAAUGUCAAAUUCCUAACAGAUUUUGUCACAAACUAUCUCAUUCGUGCCAUGAGUGUCUUGCAAAUCAAGAUUGUCCUCAAAAUCAUCCUUUGUGUGUGGAUGGCGAAUGCGAGCAAUGCGUUUCUGACGAAGGGUGUCCUUCAGGAUUCCAUUGCCUCGCCAAUAAUUGCCAUGAAGGAUGUCUCAGUGACCUUCAAUGCCGAUUAGAGCCUCAUUCCAGAUGUAACAUUAAGACAAAGACGUGCGUUCAGUGCUUGACACGCAAAGAUUGUCCAUUGCUGGAACCAGUGUGUUCUCAAGGCAAUUGUAUAGAUAGAUGCACAUCUCACAAGGACUGUCCAGCUGAGUUAAAGUGCAUCACUAAUAAAUGCAUUGAGGGAUGUGAAGAUAACUCUGAUUGCUUGGACACUAAACCAGUCUGUGACAGGGAACAAUCUGUCUGUGUCAGAUGCUUGGUGAACCAGGAUUGCCCUCCUAUGUUUCCCUAUUGCAGAGAGCGUGAAUGCUUUGGGACAUGUUUGGAAGACAGCGAAUGCUCCCCUGGAUCAGUGUGCUUGAGUGGCGCAUGCACUCAGGGCUGUAGGGAUUUUCGGGACUGCUUUGAGCCUACCCGUUUUUGUGAGCCAGGCAAGCAUCAAUGCGUUCAAUGCUUGGACAGCUCCGCGUGUCCCAUGAAUCGGCCCAAAUGUCAAGAACACAUUUGCCAGGGUGAGUGCUCCACGGACUCAGAUUGUUCCAACGACUCUCCAAUUUGCGAUUUAGGAUCUCUAACAUGUGUUCAAUGUCUUGAUCAAUCGGAUUGCCCCGAUACUAAGCCAAAUUGUGCUCAGAACCAAUGUCAAGGGUGCAAUCCCGAGAAGCAAUCGUGCAGGAAGGGCUUCAUUUGUCAAACUGGAACUUGUCUCAAGGGUUGUGAAAACGACGAGGAUUGUCCCUCGGACAGCCCCAUUUGUGAUCAGGCUCGUUCUCAAUGUGUCGAGUGCCAAGAGUUUUUCCAUUGCCCCCGGGAACACUUUUGUUCCCGAGCAAGAUGUGUUGGAGGCUGUGAAUCAGAUGAUCAUUGUUCCAAGUCGAAGCCAAGAUGUGAUUUGUCCUCUCAGUCGUGCCAAAAGUGUCUGGAAUCUACUGAUUGUCACCAGGGAGCUUAUUGCAGUGAUUUUGAAUGCUCAUUGGAUUGCCAAUCCGAUUCUGAUUGCCAGGGUGAAUUCAAACAUUGUUCCGAACCUUUGCAAAAGUGCUCGGAAUGUGUUAGCUUCCAACAUUGUUCUAACGGACAAUAUUGUAAAGAUUUUAAAUGCGAAUCCGGCUGCAACGACGAUUCUCAUUGUCCCAAACAGAAACCAAAGUGCGACACAAGCUUUAAGAUGUGUGUCGAAUGUCAAGUCAACAGUGAUUGUAAUCUGGGUUUUAGAUGCGCCCAAGGGACAUGUUCCAACAAAUGUACUUCUACUAGAGAUUGCUUGCCAUCACAUCCAUAUUGCGAUGGGCUCGAAUGCGUACAAUGUUUGAAGCAGUCCCAUUGCGGACCCAAAAACCAUUGCAAUGAUGAUGGUCAAUGCCUGCUUGGUUGCAAAUUGAACGAUAAUUGCCCAGAAAGCGCUCCAAAAUGCCUCGCUUCCUCCAAAACGUGCGUGGUUUGCCUCAGGAAUGAAGAUUGCUCCACAGGCGAACGCUGCGACCAAAACCAUGCAUGCACAACGCAAUGUGAGACUGACCAGGAUUGUUUUCCCAUUGAAAUGAUCUGCCACGACCAGGCAUGUGUUCCAUGUUCCAAAUCCGCCCAUUGUCCAGUGGGGUUCUUUUGUGAAAAUCUCCAAUGUCAUCAAGGAUGCUCCAAGAACCAAGAUUGUCCGACUCAUUUGCCCUUAUGCGAUCUUGUCCAAAGACAAUGCCAAGAGUGCAUGGAGAGCUCCGAUUGUCUUGCAGGUCUCCAUUGUAGCGAAAACAAAUGCACGGAUUCUUGCGAAGAGGAUUCCGAUUGCACCGACAACACUAAUAAAAUCUGCUCAGAAAUGUCAGGGAAGUGCGAGGAAUGUCGUUCCAACCAAGAUUGUCCGCAAGAUAAAUUUUGUUCGGGUUCCAAGUGUCUAAAAGGAUGCCAGGACGAUUCGAGUUGUCCACAAGCUGUUCCACUCUGUGACCUGUCAUCAAGGACUUGUGUCCAAUGUCUGGAUCAAUCCCAUUGCCCAAUUGGCUCGUUUUGCAGAGACCAUUCAUGCUCCCGGGGCUGUUCCAAGGACAAUGAGUGCUUAGGGGAGUGGAAGUUUUGCCAGGGGGGUCAAUGCCAGGAAUGCAGGAAUUCUGCUCAUUGUCCCAAAGGCGAUUUCUGUUCCAAUAUGAGUUGCAAAUCUGGCUGUGGAUCAAAUCAAGAUUGCUUUGGCCUGAACGUUGUUUGCGAUCUUUCAAAAUCGAAAUGCGUAGCUUGUCUGACAUCGUCCGACUGUCCCCGGGGCUCAUUCUGCCAAGAUCAAUCCUGCAUCCAAGGCUGUCGAUCAAACGAGGAUUGUGUUCGACCUUUGCCAGCUUGUGAUGUUACCAAGAGCAUCUGUGUUGAAUGCCUUGUCAAUUCGGAUUGUAGCCAAGGAUUCCAUUGCCCGGAUAGAACGUGCCAAGCUGGAUGUGGAUCUGACUCGGAUUGUCCGGACGAAAACAAGCCAGUUUGCAAAUCAAGUAAAUGCGUCCAAUGUGGCGUGAACGACCAUUGCGCCUCUGGAUUGAUGUGCAGUAAUGAUCAAUGCACUGACCAAUGUCGAACAGAUCGAGAUUGCAGUGUCUUCCCAACCAAACCAGUUUGUGCUCCAUAGUUGUUCAAGUGUGUCCAGUGUUCUAAAAGCGCACAUUGUGAGUCCGGAGAGUUUUGUGCCGAUUAUAAUUGCCAUGGCGGGUGUUUAAAAGAUCAGGACUGCAGCCCACCGGACCCAUAUUGCGACCAAAUCACCCACAAUUGUCAA